AUGGAUCCUUUGAAUCCAUACUGCCGCGAGCUGGCCUCGCCCGGCUUUUUUCAGCCCGUGCUCUCCGUCUUGAUCAUCAUCGGCAUCCUUUUCUCCUACCUCCCACAGCAUUUCCGCAUCAUUUCCCUCCGCAGCUCCUUCGGCAUCUCGCCUUAUUUUGUCCUCCUGGGAACAACCUCCGGCACCUCAGCUUUUGCCAAUAUCCUGGUGUUCCCAAAGACCUCCCAGGGUGUCGCAUGCUGCCGGGAAAUCAGUGGACCCGCGUGUUUCGCGGGGCUGUUGGGGGUGAUGCAGGUGGGCAUGCAGUGGCUCUGUUUCUUUUCGAUUUUGUUGUUGUUCGUGAUCUACUUCCCCCGAGCCACCUCACCCACCGACCCCGUCAACUCGGUCUCCUCGUCCUCCCCCAAUGAACCCACCUAUCGCACCGCACUCGCUGUGACCGCCAUCUGCCUGCUGCACGCGCUCGCUACAGUGAUCGUCUCUGUUGCCUUCGCGCUGCGCCAGCCCACUGCCCUCCAUGCAUGGGCCAACUUCCUCGGCGUCCUGUCCGCCAUCCUCGCGUCGAUCCAAUACUUCCCACAGAUCUAUACCACGUUCCGUCUCCGCUGCGUUGGCAGCCUAAGCAUCCCAAUGAUGUGCAUACAGACCCCCGGGAGCCUCAUCUGGGCCGCUAGUCUCGCGGCGCGCGAGGGUGCCCAGGGCUGGAGCAUAUGGGGCGUGCUGGUUGUCACGGCCUGUUUGCAGGGCACACUCCUAGUGAUGGCGAUCUACUUUGAGUACUUUGGUCCGAAGAGCCAGCGCAAGGCCGUGCACCAUGCUGACGAGGACGGGACGCCAAAUGGAACAGCCCCAGAACGAGCCGAAGCUCCGGCGAGCGAGCGCGAGCAUGCGGAGCAGCCUUCUGAGGAAACGCCACUCCUGCAGAGCCAGUGA